AUGGAUGCAAUUAGCUCAUACACAUUUUGCAGCGAAAAAGAUGAGUCCGACGGUUCAUCCUCGGAUGAGCAAGCAGGAGGAUUCAUAGUUAAUGAUAAGAACUAUAAGAGACGGAGGUCUACGCGUUCCACAAGUGCCAACACAUCGUAUAAGGAGUCUUCAGAUGAUGAAGUUAAUGUUGAAGACUUUGUGGAUGUCAAAGUCCCCGUGAAGCGUCGGAGGACGCGUGCAAGUUCAAGUUCGAUUUCAAGUUCGACUUCUUCAUCGCGUGCCGCAAGCAAGAAGAGAGCAACUAAGCAAGAAUCUGAUAGUGAGGAUGACGAUGAUGAUGAGUUUGUGUUAAAUGUUGUUGAAGAGGAUCCAGAUGAUGAAGACGAUGAUGAUGUUGUUGAAUUUAUUGAUUCUCGAUCUGUAGUGAGAGAUGGAUCUUCUGCUAAUUUAUCUAUUCUGUUAGAUGACGAUGAUCUUGAUUUAGGUAAUGGUGAUGAUGAUGAUGAUGAUGAGCCACUAGCUAAUAAAACCAUCGUGAAGAAGAAGAAAGCACCCACCAGAAAGCCAAGAAAGAAGAAGGAACCUAAAGUGAAAGUACCAUAUUUCACUCGAGUCACUAAUAAAUUAUAUGAUUUUCAUCCUGAUCUUAAGGAUGUAUUCCCAAAUUUAGAAUCUUCUGAAAAGAUCCCUGUAGAACGUGCCAUUCAACCACCGGGAAUGAAUAUUAAACUUUUACCUUUCCAACAGGAAGGAUUAAAUUGGCUUCGGAAACAAGAAGAUGGGAUAUUUGGAGGAGGUAUAUUGGCCGAUGAAAUGGGGAUGGGUAAAACCAUACAAACUAUUGCAUUAUUUAUGUCUGAUUUAAAGAAACGACCUAAUUUGGUGGUUGGACCUACCGUAGCAUUAAUGCAAUGGAAAAAUGAAAUUGAAAAGCAUACUCAUGAAGGUAAAUUGAAAGUAUUAUUAUUUCAUGGAGCAAAUAGAUCCAGUGAUCCUAAAGAAUUAAAGAAAUAUGAUAUUAUAUUAACAUCAUAUUCAGUAUUAGAAUCUGUUUAUAGAAAGGAACAUUAUGGAUUUAAAAGAAAAGGUGGACUUAUUAAGGAGAAAUCUCCCUUACAUGCAAUUGAUUUUUAUAGAGUUAUUCUUGAUGAAGCUCAUAAUAUUAAAGAUCGUACUUCAGGUACUGCUAAAGCUGCUAAUAAUCUUAAAACUAAAAAGAGAUGGUGUUUAACUGGUACUCCACUUCAAAAUAGAAUUGGAGAAAUGUAUUCAUUAAUUCGAUUUAUGAAAAUUGCUCCAUUUUAUGAAUAUUUUUGUACAAAAUGUGAUUGUAAAAGUCCUGAAUGGAAUUUUUCUGAUUGGAGAAGUUGUGAUCAUUGUGGUCAUACACCAAUGCUUCAUACUAAUUUUUUUAAUCAUUUUAUGUUAAAGAAUAUUCAAAAACAUGGGAUUUCUGGUGAUGGAUUAAUUAGUUUUAAUAAUAUUCGACUUUUAUUACAAAAUAUUAUGUUAAGAAGAACUAAAAUUGAAAGAGCAGAUGAUUUAGGUUUACCACCAAGAAUUGUUGAAAUUAGGCGAGAUAAAUUUAAUGAAGAAGAAAAAGAUUUAUAUGCUUCAUUAUAUAGUGAUUCUAAAAGAAAAUUUAAUGAUUAUGUUGCUGAAGGAGUUGUUCUUAAUAAUUAUGCUAAUAUUUUUACAUUAAUUACUAGAAUGAGACAAUUAGCUGAUCAUCCUGAUUUAGUAUUAAAAAAAUCUGGAUCUAAUGCACUUUCUAAUGAUAUUGAAGGAGUUAUAAUGUGUCAAUUAUGUGAUGAUGAAGCUGAAGAACCAAUAGAAUCUAAAUGUCAUCAUAGAUUUUGUCGAAUGUGUAUACAAGAAUAUGUUGAAUCAUAUAUGGGAGAAGAAAAAGAUUUACAAUGUCCUGUAUGUCAUAUUGGAUUAUCAAUUGAUUUAGAACAACCAGCACUUGAAGUUGAUGAAGAAUUAUUUACAAAAGCAUCUAUUGUUAAUCGAUUAAAAUCAGGAUCUCAUGGUGGAGAAUGGAGAUCAUCAACUAAAAUUGAAGCAUUAGUUGAAGAAUUAUAUAAAUUAAAAUCUGAUCGUCAUACUAUUAAAUCUAUUGUAUUUUCACAAUUUACUUCAAUGUUAGAUUUAAUUGAAUGGAGAUUAAAAAGAGCAGGAUUUAAAACAGUUAAACUUCAAGGAUCUAUGUCUCCACAACAACGAGAUAAUACCAUUAAAUAUUUUAUGGAGAAUAUUGAAGUUGAAGUAUUUCUUGUAUCAUUAAAAGCUGGAGAAGAUAGUAUUGAACUGAAGAUUAUUGAAUUACAAGAAAAGAAGGCUAAUAUGAUUCAUGCCACUAUCAAUCAGGAUGAUGCUGCUGUUAGUCGAUUAACUCCAGACGAUUUACAAUUUUUGUUUAUGAAUUAGGAUGUUUAUUUUUUUAUUUGUUAGUUAUUUAUUUCUUAUUUAUUAUUUCUUAUUUAUUAUUUCUUAUUUGCUGUUUGCUUUGUUGAUUAUUGUCAGGUACUAUAUAUCUUUAUAGGUUUAUUAUGGACUACGUUAUAUGUUCUCAAUGGCUGCAACUUUUGAGUGCGCACACGUACUGGCGCAUUCACGUGUAAUUCUCUUAUCGGUCAGACAAUUUAUCAUUUUAUCAUUUUCCGCCAGUCUGACUCAUGACAAAAAUCUCCACGGCAUAUUUUCGCGACACAAAAUAACCCAAUGAGUCGCUGGGGAAGUUGAAAAAUUUCACAAAUAC